UUGAGAAUUGAGACAGCCUCAUUGGGUUUUCCGCAGCUUUUUUAUUUAUUUUAAUAAAUAACUUCCGUUCUUGUCGUUGCUGGUUGAUGAAGUACUCUCCUUUCUAUCACUUGUCUUCAAAGCCUCAACACCAACACCAACAUCAUUCUCAUUUCUUUACCUUUCUCUUCUCAAUCUCUAACUGUCGUUUCUGUUCCCAACUCUUAUCAACGACAAUAACAAACAACUGUGUUUGUUCUGUUUAAUCUUCCCAAACACACGACAUGACAUCUUGUUUAAUUUUAUCCACCACCAAUGCCUUAGUAGGACUAGGAUCUACCAUGUUCAUCAUUUUCAAUUUCCGUGUUGUCCCUUCUUUUUCUUGCUACAAUGCAGCUUCUUGUCAUUCUCGUUAAACAUUGCCUCGUAUGGGUUCAAGAAUGUUGCCUUCCAAGUUUCUUCUUGAGAUCUUGGAAUUUUUUCCUUCAUUGUUUUCACCUUUUUAGUGUUUUUUUCAGAACCUCCUUCACUGGUCGCUAUGCAAUUAGGUUUUCUGCAAAAUGGAUUGGAUUCAUCGCCAGGAAAAAGUCUGGAUGGAAGUUUCAGGAAGUCUAGCUCUGUUAUUUCUGCUAGUACUGUGUCUGGUGCAUCAGGGUUGAGCAAGUCUGUUCCUAUUUCCAGAAGAGUGUUAAAGGGUCUCAAGGAACAUGGAAGGAAACUGGUUGACCUGGAGUUAUUCACAAAAUAUCUUGAGGAAUGGGUCAUGGAGAAUCAAAAUAGUGAUUCAGCAGAUGGAAUGCAUGGUUUUAGUCCUAUCUUUACAAUUGAUGAGUUGCGCAAACUCGAUUUAGCGUUAGAGGGGGUUCCACUUCAGCAACUAGUCCGUAUGCCCGUAUUCUCUGAUGUUUCUGAAGAGCUUAUUGAAGAUCAGUAUCUAGCUGUAGAGGAUUUCCUUCAUGCCGUUAUCAUUGGCCUCUGGCGUACAUUUUGGCAUAAAAGUGGACCAUUACCGUUAUGUGUAUCAUGUCCCUCUUAUCCUGGCUCGAAGUUCAAUAGCAUUGAAAAAGCAAUAUCAAGAAGUAGGCUGAGGGAAAUGCGAGGUUUAGCUUUGAUAUCGAAGACAGCAAAUGAUUCGAAAAUUAAAUGGGAUCAAGUGGUUGAGUUUGCCAUAUUCAAGCCAGAAAUAUCUUUGGACAAUGCUUUGAGAGUAUCAGCCAAUACUAUCUGUGAAGCUCUCUUUUAUGGUUUUCAUGUUCUUAUUUCUCGUAGUUUGAGCAAGAUUACUUCGGUCAACAGUGAUUCUGUUUUCCUUUUAGUUCUAGAUUCUAAGUGUGGAAUGGUGAUAAAGUUCAGUGGUGAUCUUGGAAAACUUGAUUUAUUGAAUUCAAGCAAUCCUUAUCUAUCUUUGGCUGAAUGGAUCAAAACUUAUGCCGAAAUUUGUAUCACCCCGGUCGAACCAAUAUGGAAUCAAAUAGGAAAUGCAAACUGGGGGGAUAUAGGAACGCUGCAGAUACUAUUGGCAACUUUCUACUCCAUUGCUCAAUGGAACGGACCACCACGAAAGUCAGUUGCCUCAUUGAUCUCAGAUCAUAGUUUCCGCCUUCAGAAGCGCCGGACAGAAUGCUGCAUAAUCGAGACCGAAAAGGCACUUGUGCCUUAUUAUGGCUCAGCUGAUCAUCAAGCAGUAGAGAUUGUUGAACUUGAUCAAAACGAAUUCUUUUCCAACAACCGAGCCUCGCGGCUGAUGCUCAAACACGGUGACAUAUUGGUCUUGAAUGAUCCACAGCAGGGACAGAAAAGUUUCCAAAUUCAUGAAUUUCUAGUGGGAGGGAACUAUUAUCUCUAUAGUGCUGUUUGUAUAGAUCAUCCCUCAGAAUUACUGUCUUUAUAUGUAGGCGCGCAUCCAUCGAGACUUGAGCCUUCUUGGGAGGAUAUGAGCCUUUGGUAUCAAGUACAACGCCAAACCAAAGUUCUUAACAUUUUGAGAAAUCAAGGAAUCUUGAGCAAAUACUUACCCGAAAUUGUUGCUUCUGGUAGGAUUGUACAUUCUGGUCCUUGCAACAAAGAAAGUCCGGGCGCAAAAUGUGAUCAUCCAUGGUGUGGAACUCCAAUACUCGUGACAUCUCCGGUAGGAGAUCCAUUAUCAUCAGUAGUUGCUAAUGAAGGGUCAUUUUCAGCCGAUGAAGCAACCCGUUUAUGCCGAGACUGUCUUGCUGCUCUAAGAAGUGCAGCUAUAGCUAAUGUCCAGCAUGGUGAUAUUUGUCCGGAAAACAUUAUACGCUUUGUUGAAAAACAAGGCAUUAGAAACCACAUCCACCAACACCAAGCUAUGUAUGUUCCAAUAUCUUGGGGCCGCGCUGUGUUGGAAGAUAGAGAUAGCCCUGCUAUAAAUUUGCAAUUCUCAUCAUCUCAUGCACUUCAACAUGGGAAGCUUUGUCCUUCAUCGGAUGCCGAAAGCAUUGUAUACAUUCUCUAUUUUAUUUGUGGAGGGACUAUGAGUCAACAAGAUUCUAUUGAGUCUGCUUUACAAUGGAGAGAGAAUAGUUGGGCGAACCGAUCGAUCCAACAACAUCUCGGUCGGGUUUCUGCACUAUUGAAAGCAUUUGCUGAUUAUGUGGAUAGCUUGUGUGGUACUCCAUAUCCUGUUGACUAUGAUAUAUGGUUGAAAAGGUUGAACAAGGCAGUGGAAGGUUCAGUUGAUCAAAAAGGUAAAAUGAUUGAAGAAGUUGCCAUAACAUUGAGAUUAGAGGAUGCUGCUGAGUCUUCAGGAGCUUCUGGCCAUUAAUUUGAUUCUUGAGGGCUUGUUUUUGUUUUGGUGAUUUAUUUUUAAUUUUUUUUGUAUAUUGCAAUUGGUGAAUUCAUAUGCAUUUUAUUUUUUAGGACUUCAGAUUCUUAGUACUAUUGUUUUGUUCUUCGACAACUGCUAGGUAUAUUUUGGAGUGUUUACUGGUUUUUUUUUUUAACAGGUUAUUAUUACAAUUUCAUGACAAAAUUCACAUAUGAUGUUCAUAUUCAAAAUUA